CUUUCAAUCUGACUUUAUCGGUGAUAUCAUCAUAGACGUCAUAACGCAGCAUCGUCGUCUGCCACAGAUUAUAACGGAAGGACAGAUACUGAAACAAUCACUCGUUCGCUAGCGAGGUAUAUAGAGAUAUUGAUCCGCCUGCACCAUGUCGCGGAAACCCCCCACCUCAACAAACUCACGGACGGCGAACGGAACAGGUUCUCUCGUCCGAGCUCCCUCUUCAUCCAACCUCAGUAACAACAAUGGUAGCAUGCCUCCUCCACCUUCGAGGAUGCCUACUCGACCGGGCUCAGCUAUGAGUGCAUCGACCACAAGAGGAGGUGGGACGGACGAGGGGAGUCGAGCGAAUAGUCCGACGAGGAAACGGGUGGUCAGCGGGGAAAAGAGGGUGAACAAGGUGGCACCGGUGGAGAAGGUCGGAGAGGAUGGGGAGAUGAACAUUCAGGUCGUUGUUCGUUGUCGAGGUCGAUCCGCCAUGGAAGUAUCACAACGAACGCCCAUCAUCUGUCAGACGUCCGGAGCAGUCUCUUCUGCGAUCACCAUCGAGACUUCUCACUCGGCCAUGUCCAACACCUCUGGCCUAGGACUGCCCGUGACGACCCUGCCUUACUCGGAACGAGCGCCCGUCAGCAAGACUUAUGGGUUCGACAGGGUGUUUGGACCGGAAGCGGAUCAGACGAUCGUCUACAAGGAAGUGGUCGAGAACAUGUUGGACGAGGUGAUCGCUGGGUAUAACUGUACGAUCUUUGCUUAUGGUCAGACUGGAACCGGAAAGACGUAUACUAUGCAAGGAGACAUCUCCCUGACGCCUCUAGGAAAGCCAUGUGCCGAAGCUGGUAUCAUCCCUCGAGUACUGCACCGACUGUUUUCUCUUCUCGAAUCCGUCCCCAACGCCGAAUUUAGCGUCAAAUGCUCCUACGUCGAACUGUACAACGAAGAACUGCGUGACCUGCUCGCUUCGGAGUUCCACCAGCCUGUAGCUCUCGGUGGCCCGGGAAGCACGGCUCAGGGGACGACCGUGGGAGGAUUAAAGAUCUACGAGGACGCCAACAAGAAGGGAGGGGUGACGAUUCAAGGAUUGGAGGAGAGUAGCAUACGGAACGCCAAGGAAGGGUUGAGCUUGUUGACCAAGGGGUCGCAGAGGAGACAAGUCGCCGAGACCAAGAUGAACACCGAGUCUUCUCGAUCACACUCGAUCUUUUCGCUGACGGUGCAUAUCAAGGAAUCCUCAGUACACGGUGGAGAAGACCUGCUCAAAGUGGGGAAGCUCAAUCUGGUCGACCUGGCUGGGUCGGAAGCCAUCGGUCGAAGUGGAGCCGAGAACAAGCGGGCGAGAGAGGCGGGCAUGAUUAACCAGAGUUUGUUGACUCUUGGAAGGGUCAUCUCGGCGCUCGUCGAGAAGAACAGUCAUGUCCCUUAUAGAGAGUCCAAGUUGACCCGACUGCUUCAAGACUCGCUCGGUGGACGUACCAAGACGUGCAUUGUGGCCACCGUCUCGCCUACAAAAUCCAACAUGGAGGAGACGUUGUCCACCUUGGAUUAUGCCAUCCGGGCCAAGACGAUUAGGAACAAGCCCGAGAUCAACCAACGAUUGACCAAGGGUACCUUGAUCAAGGACUACGUCGUCGAGAUCGAGAGGCUCAAGAACGAUCUCUCGGCGGCUCACGAAAAGAAUGGGAUCUACUUUUCCGCAGAAACGUGGGGCGAACUGUCGGCCGAGCACGAAGAGACCAAGAACCAGUUGGAAGAUAUCAAGCAACGGGCCGACGCUUUGGAGAACAAGCAUGCGACGUUGACGGCCGAAUUCGAGGCCAAUAUGGUCAUGCUUCUAGCGAGGGAAGAAGAGUUGGUGGGCGCUCGACAAGAGGCUUUGAAGCUCAAGGCCGAGAUCGAGCGGGUUCAAGCGGUCGUCGUCGAGCUCACGAGAAAGGUCGAGGAGGAGCGGUGGGUCGGGGAAAAGUACCGAAAGGGAGAGGAGAGGAUUGAUGGGAUCGCCAAGGGGUUGAAAGGCACGGUGGUGGAAAGUCUGAACGAUGUUGGUGGCCUCUUUGCCAAGAUUGCCCGUAAAGCCGACGUCCUGAACGCGAAUGCGGGCUCGACUUCAGCUUACAGCCAGAAACUCAACAGUUUGGCGGACCGUCUACACCAGGAUAUGGACGUGUUGAAGACAGUACAGACUGAUUUCGGCGGGACCUUGCAGAGGGAGCUCGAGGCAUUGGCCAAGCGUGGAGCAGAGUCACUCGAACAGGACAAGGCUUUCUUGACAUCGAAACUCUCCUCGUUCUCUGCGAGCAUGGAGAGCUUUAAACAAGAGGGUCACAAGAACGAGGCUACAAUGUCGCGGGCCAUCGAUCAGCUUCGUCUGCAGCAAGAGCAGGUACACAAGGACCUUGUCGAAUGGACGAUCUCGCUUCAGGACUUGCAGCGCGAAGCUCACGAGCGGAUAGCAGGCGAGCAUGCAGCGCACUUGCAAGAGGUACAUGGCUCGAUCGAACAUAUGGCGGAAACCCUCGAUGUCCUCAUAGACGGCGCCGUCGAGCAGACUGAACAUGAAACCGAAUCGUCGCAAGCGCUGCAAAAGGUGGCCACUCAAAUGCACGAGCGCGAGGUCGCUCACCUUCGGAGCCAGAAUGAACGUCUUGCCUCGCUCCUUCAGCAGGAAAAGCAGACUUCGGCACGUCUUCGGGAUGACCUUGUAUCCCAAAUCACUUCCUUGUUGACGGGAUUCACAACGGCACAAAGCGCGAGCUUGGACAAGGCGAUUCGAGGUGUUCAAACCGAAAAUGAUGAGGUUGUCCUGGCUUCGCGAAACACGAUGACAGCAUACUCCGAGGCGGCCGUGCUGGCGGAUCAAAGUUCCACACAAUACCGCAAGGACCUAGAAGUCAUUCGAGGCAGUCAUGCCACUAAUCGGGAGGAUGCCGGCAAGGCCGUCGAGGACACCCGCAGCGUAAUGCGGGACCACCUCGAUCACAACUUGGAAGAACUCGAGACGCGAGUCAGCCAGCACCGCGGGACUCUGGACCGUUCUGUCGAGCAGUCAUUGCAGGGCUUGGAUUCAUUGAACGAUACUAUGCGACACACCAGCAAGACCGCGGCCGCGGGCGUAGAGCGACUGAAUGGAGAGGCGGCUGCAAACUUGAACGCUGCAAAAGAAAGGAUUGUCGUUGCCAAGGAGGACAUCAAGGUCGUGUCUCAGGCGGUGUUGUCGGCGCACUCCGCUGCCGAGCCGUUAUUCGCCCAACAUUGUUCUCAGGCUCAGGGCCAGGUCGAGCAACUCCGAUCUAUCCACCACGACUUUGUCGCUAGUGUACGAGAAGACGUUUCUACCGGCUCUACCCCUCGUAAACGCGCUUGGAACGUCCCUGCAGCUUGGCAAACAACCCAACCCCGGGAAGCUCUGCUGCAGCGAUACAGGACAAAGUUGCAAGACGCUCAAGACGCGGAACCUCGAGGCACCGACGACGACGGAGAAGUUCUCUAUCAAACCAUUGGAGAGACCUCCAUCUCGAUUCCCGCCUUCUCGCCAGAACAAUCCGAAGACGCAACGACGACACCCGAUUCGGUUCCUACUACGCCUGUAGAAGAGAGUCCUGCCUUCUCGAGAGUCUCUGCUUCCAGUUCAACAGACGAACACUCAGAUCUGAAGCGUGACGUCUAUACCGGACCCCAAUCGGAGGAGGACACGCAGCAGGAGAACAUCCCUCCUCUAGCUGCUUUUCUACCGAAAGAGCUCGCCCUACAGGACAACGGGAAAAUUGUCGGUCAUGCGCUACCCAAGGUGAAGCCCCGAGCAGCUCAUGUCAGGAGCAACUCGACACUUGGCGAAUCGGUCACUGCAUCCAACAUACCCAUGCGGAAAACUCGGAGGGGUGCUUGAUGGUCGGAAUAGGGACGAAGGUUAUUCGAAUGACAAUCUUGUUUUUGUUUCGGUAUAAUGCGUGAGCGAAAGUUGUAUGGCAGCAUUGUGCCCUUUCUUCGAUUUAGUUGGACUCGAUCUUUGUGUUAGUCGUAGCAAGUUUCAACGUUAUGACAAGAGAAUCUUGCAGUUCUACUCUGGUCGUUGCGUGUAUCGAGGUGCCGACUACAUGAUUUACGAGAGAAGCAUGACUUGACAAUCGGAAGCGGAAGACAAGGACGAAUAUGGCGUGAGUGGUCCAGCUUUCGUCUGGUUAUCGGAGUAUUCAUGCCCACCGUCAGCUACUGC